CCUGAAGUCCUCACUUCAUCUUUCGCUCUCGACGAAGCAGCAAAGCGAGGUUGUCUGUGGGUCAAAACAUUUCACCCUGGAAAAUCUGCAAAAUGAAGACCCUGGUCUUCGUGGUCCUCCUGGGAACAGGUCUACAUGUGGCGGUGGCAGUCAAACACUCCCUGAAGUAUUUCUACAUUGCGUCUUCUGGCCUGCCAAACUUCCCGGAGUUUGUUGGCGUCGGUUUUGUCGAUGAUGUUCUGGCGGGUUCCUGCGACUCCAACAAAAAGACACCAGAAGCCAAACAGGACUGGUCGAAAAAGUUAUUCCAAAAUGAUCUUCAGCAGUUUGAGUUCUACAACCAAGCGUGUUCGAUAACUCUGCCCAACUACUUUAAAGCCACGAUUCAUACGUUGACGCAGCGCUUCAACCAAAGUGGAGGUGUCCAUGUUUUGCAGAGGAUGAGUGGCUGUGAGUGGGAUGAUGAGACUGGAGAAGUUAAUGGAUUUGACCAGUACGGUUAUGAUGGAGAAGACUUGAUAUCAUUUGACCUGAAGACGUUGACGUGGGUCGCUCCAACACCACAGGCUUUCAGCACCAAACUGAGCUGGGAUGCUGACAAAGCAAGAACAAUAAACAAUGAGAUACGCCUCACUGAGAUUUACCCUCAGAGGUUGAAGACGUAUUUGGCUUAUGGCAACAGCUCUCUGCUGAGAACAGAUCUUCCCUCAGUGUCUCUCCUCCAGAAGACUCCCUCCUCUCCAGUCAGCUGCCACGCUACAGGUUUCUACCCUGAGAGAGCCACACUCAGCUGGAGGAAAGAUGGAGAGGAGCUUCAUGAGGACGUGGAGCUCGGAGAGAUCCUCCCCAACCACGAUGGAACCUUCCAGAUGAGUGCUGAGCUGAAGCUUUCAUCAGUCACACCUGAAGACUGGAGCAGGUACACCUGUGUGUUUCAGCUCUCAGGUGUGAAGGAGGAGAUCGUCACCAAACUGGACAAAGCAGACAUCAGGACCAAUGAAGCUGAGGAGUCCAGUCACAUGAUCGUCUUCAUCUUUGCUGCUGUGUUUGUUCCUGCUGCCAUGGCUGCAGUUGGAUUGAUCGUUUACUGGAGGAGGAGGAGGAGGAGGAGAGGAAUAUGAAGAUGUCAGGACUUUGAGUUUAGUCCUUGAGUUGUUGCUUUCAUCCAUGUUGUAAAAUCCAAAUGUGCAUCAGUUUCACUCGAAGCCUUUAAGUCAUGAUGACAUGAUGAUGAAGUGUUGAAGGUGGUGAAACAGGAAUCAGAUACUUCAGUCAGUACAACACUGAAAAUACUCCAAACAAGUAAAAGUACUGCACACAAAACCUUAAGCUAUUUAAACACUACCAGUAAAAAGUAUUUAAAUUAAGAAACCUAAGAAGUUCUCUUCAUGCAGUAAAAUGUUCAGUCGUGUUUUAUUUCUGAUGUUUUUGGAUUAAUGUUACUGCUGCAUUUACGUGUGUGUCGCACUUUAGUGGUGUGGAUGUUUAAGAUUAUUUAAGCUUAUUUUUCCGACCUGCUGGCUGAUUUAAUCAUCAUGUUUUACUGCUCAAAAUGAUUCCAUAGUGACUGAUGAAACCAUGUUGUUUUGUUAGGGAAAAAGGGAAACAAAUCAUUUAGAAGGAUGUAAAGACAUGUUAGGUUGAGCUUAAAGGUGCAAUAAGAUAUGGCCAGAAUUUUGUUUUUAAGGUAAAAUUUUAAAAAUGUAUCUAACAUUAAUACAUUAUUAACAGAAUGUGAAGAAACGGUGUUGAUGUUAUGUCCACUUUACUGCUCACUGAUCAACACAAAUGUCCAAAUCAAAUCUAUUCUUGAUUAAAAAAGUGGACUUGAUUAAAGUCCUCAGCUUC